UACUUCUUUGCUAGACAAUCAAAGUCGAUCAAGCUCUGAAUAUGAUUUGAUAGUGGCCUUUUACACAAUCGCCACACAUGGCGUCCUCUCUUUUUUCUCAACGAGGACACGGUGCCUGCCUCUCCCUACACCUCAACCAGGACUGGCCUUCAGAAGAAGAAUAUGUCCAGUCCCUGCUCACAUUCGCAACGGGUUCUGAUAUCUUUCGAAAUCUGUGUGGUGGGGUACACAUUCUUGACUUUUUGACUCGUGAGCCCGAUCUAUAUACAACAGUCCUUCCGGAGUCGUGGCGGAAUUGGUUUGACCUGGUGUCGGUUGACAAUGUUCUCGAUCUGCUGCUUCGCAGUGGCCUCUCAAAAUUGUCUUCGAACACCACAACUCCUCUAGACCAAACUCUUCCGUCCCCUCCUGAGAGCCUUCUCGACUAUGUCAGUAUCAUUCGAAAACACUGUUUGCUCCGCCAGUUCAAACCUAUCUCGGACAAGAUUGAGGAAGUUCCCACCCACAUCGCUAUGGGAAUGAAGCCCAAGAAAGCCCACGAGGUCAAGAACUUUGCUGCCUAUGUAGCAAAUCUGUCGUCGUAUGUUUCAGAGAGUCUUCAGGAGCCAAUUGCUGUCGUUGACUUUGGCUCUGGUCAAAAUUAUCUGGGCCGGAUGCUGGCAAGCCCUCCCUACGAGAAGCACGUGAUUGCCAUUGAACGCAGACAUCAUAAUAUCGAUGGUGCAAGAAGUAUGGACGUACAUGCAAGGUUGGCAACCAAGGAGAAGAUUAUGCGAAAUAAGAAGGAAUGGAAAAGGCAAUUAGCUUGGGCUAACGGUGUGCCAACUCCACCACCAGAGCAGGCCCAGCAACCUCUUAUACAGGUGGUUCCAGAUGUAAACUUGGCAACAAUCGACCACCCAAUCAAAGCCAAUGCUUCCACAUCUGGCUCAAUGACUUAUGUUGAACAUGACAUUCAGGACGGCCACCUGGAGGAUAUUCUCUAUCCCUCAAUGGCCGCCGCCAUCCCACAUGAAAAUGGAUCAGACGCCGUCAUACCCACCCGGGAAGAGACCAAAGCUCGCCCAAAAGCCAUGGUCGUAUCUCUUCACUCGUGCGGUAAUCUUGUUCAUCAUGGCUUACGCUCCCUGGUUCUCAACCCUUCUGUCUGUGCCGUGGCAAUGAUUGGAUGCUGCUACAAUCUACUCACUGAGCGCUUAGGGCCAGCUACUUACAAGUUGCCCCAGCUGCGGCCUAAUCACCCGCGCCUCGAUGCAACUGGAAAUGCGUACGAUCCUCACGGGUUCCCCAUGUCUCAAACUUUGGAACACUUUGAACAUGAACAAGGUCGAGGGGUUAAGCUCAACAUCACCGCUCGAAUGAUGGCGGUCCAAGCACCAUAUAACUGGGGGCCAGAUGACAGUGAAGCAUUCUUCCGCCGUCACUUUUACCGCGCCCUACUCCAGCGCAUUCUUCUCGAUGUUGGCGUUGUCAAACAGUGCUCGGAUCCUUCAAGCCUUGCAGGUGGGAGCAUCACUGGAAAAGACAACAAUGGCACACCUCUCAUCGUCGGAUCCUUACGCAAGGCAUGCUUUGUCAACUUCCAAGCCUAUGUCAAAGGAGCCCUUGAAAAGUUGAGAAAUGACCCUGUCGACGGUCCCACAAUCACCCGGCUGACUAAGGAUAUUACCGCAGAGACCAUCCAGCGGUAUGAAACUGAUUGGGCUUUUGCCAAAAAACGUCUAGCCAUCAUCUGGAGUCUGAUGGCUUUUAGUGCUGGCGUUGUUGAGAGUGUGAUUGCUGUUGAUCGAUGGCUGUUUCUCCGCGAACAGAAAGAUGUUGCUCAAUGCUGGGUUGACACGGUCUUUGAUUAUAAACAAAGCCCGCGCAAUUUGGUCGUCGUGGGAAUAAAGAAGAAGCAAGAAGAUGGUAACUGGAAAGAUUGAGAUGAAGAUCUUGUUUGGACACUUCUAUCGCAGGCUGGAACCAUUUCGCCUCCACGCCGAAAAAACACGUUCUUUUCUACAAGACUUGAAUGGACGCUCAAGGGAAAUACUAUGCAAAUGCCCGAACACCUCACUAAUGCGUGACCUCGCUCAAUACACCGCCAGAGACAAAUGCUUUUCAGCCGCAGAACCACAUUGCUAGCAGAAGACAACCAUUGAUGACCACAUCACUCUUUGCAGACCCUUGGAGCUCUUAGUCAUGUCUCAGAGGAAAGGCGCAUUGUGGUAGUCCAAAAUCGAUGAUGUUUGUCUCUUGUGGAGGAAACACUCCGGGCCUCGGACAGACAAAUGCGUUCUUGCUGAUAUCUUGAAAAUCGAGCUUCAACUGUCGGAGAAGGAAGGGCAGAUCUGAGUUGAACUCAAAUCCCGCACCGAUUUGAAGACAUCUUUGAGGCUGUCCAAGUUAGCCAAGAAGCUCGCAGCCACCUCUUUUGCCGGGGUUCUGUACUCACUCUGACGUCGCUGGCAAAGAAUCGGAAUUCACUGCACCCAUCCGGGUCAACAGCACAGAUAUUGGUGUCACUACAUUGGCUAUUCGCUAAAAGACCGAGGGUGAGG